ACAGAAUGACAGGGUCCAAGAAUAGUGCUGAUGGCAUAGAGACACACAUUAUUCGCAGAUACGAAAUACAGAAGCGGCUUGGCAAAGGAGCCUAUGGAAUUGUAUGGAGAGCUGUUGAUAGAAGGAAAAACCACGUGGUAGCUCUUAAAAAGAUUUUCGAUGCUUUUCAAAAUGCCACUGAUGCUCAGAGAACCUUCAGAGAAAUUGUCUUCUUACAGGAGUUUGGUAACCACGACAACAUUAUAAAAUUGCUGAAUGUUAUACGAGCCGACAAUGAUAAGGACAUCUAUUUAGUUUUCGAAUACAUGGAUACAGAUUUAUAUGCAGCUAAUAAAGGAGGAAUUUUACAAGACAUCCACAAAAAAUACAUCACUUACCAG